UGUUUGUUACUGUGCAUCGAGAAACCGAGGGCAUGAGCCAGAUCGCAAUUUCUUGCGGCACCGCCUAGCCUGGGUACUGCAUUACUGUCUUAGGCGUGGGUACUGCAAUCUAAGCAUUCGGUGUCUCUCGCCGAAAAGAUCUUUGUUUCUCCAUGAUGAUGCACCAGUUAGCGAUGGGUAAACUUUCAUACAGGACAAACACAUUGCAGCUCUGUUCAUAUCUCUCUUUUGGCAAGAAGACCAGUACCCUGAGGUAUUGCAGCUUGUACCUGGCUUCACUGUGGUGGCGUGUGGACCAGCCCCUGCUGCUGCAGAAUUUGGAAUUUUCUGUUACCACAUGCCCUUCCAUCAACACUGCAGCAAGCUUUUGGUGCCGCAGGUGUUGCUCGUGUGCCUGUACGGUUUCGGGCACAUUAUAGAAAAUCAGUCUCCGAGUGCUGUGUAACGAUACCAGGGAAUAUAUGUCACCGUCAGUGAUGCAGUGCUGCGUUCGAGGCUGCGUAAAUAACGGAACCAAAGUGAACUCGCAAGAAGUGCACUUGUACAGAAUUCCACGCAGUGAGCCUCUCCGAAGCCAGUGGCUCGAGUUAAUAGACUGGCAGGGUCCUCCACCUAAUACCAAGACACGCGUAUGCAAUCUCCAUUUUGAUACGAGUGAUUACUACCAUAACCCGAUUGCGCUGAGGUCAGUCGGGAUGCUGCUAUCCUGUCUCAGCCGUCUAAAGACCGGUGUUCUGCCGUCGCUCAACCUACCCUGCACAAAUCGGCCGAGUAAGCGGCAGAGGACUGACGAUUGCCCUGCGGAUGCAGCUGAGCGUGUCAGUGCCGUAAAGAUGGAGCCAAAUUUUCACAACAUACUGUCAAGUAGCGCUGCUGGGGUACAUCGGGGGCCUACGGAAACGGUUGAAGGCACCUCGUACAGCGCUGCGGCCGUAGCUGUGCGCGAUGGUACGAUAAAAGCGGAACCGAUCUGUAAUGACGUUCCAUCGAGUAACGCAGUUCGAAACAAUCUGAAACCUACGAAAACAGUUGGAGACACCUCGCAUUGUGCAAUGGCUGUAGCUGAGCACAACAAUCCAAUAAAAACGGAACCAAAUUUUCAUGACGUUUCGUCAAGUAACACAGCUGGUAGCGAUCUGGAACCUACGGAGACGGUUGAAGGCAAGUCACACGGCGUUGCGGUCUCUGCGGCUGUAACUGAGCACGCCAAUACAAUAAGAGCGGAACCAAAUUUUCACGACGUUCACUCGAGUGGUGCAGCAGGAAGCAACCUGGAACCUACGGAAACAGUUGAAGGCACCUCAGGCAGCACGAUACCUGAGUUCUGCAAGGCAAUAAAAAUGGAGCCAGAUUUUCGUGGCAUUCCUUCGGGUUGUACAGCUGGAAGCGACCUGGAGCUUACAGACAAAGUUGAAGACACUUCACCUGGCUCUGUGGCAUCUGUUAAUCUUGAAAAUGAGACUCAGUCACGUGAAACGAUUGAACCGAUCUCACACAGUACCACGCCUGUUGGAAAGGAGGCAGCAGGAACGGUGGUGUUUAGCCUACUGAGCAAGCUGCCAAAACAUAUGACACACGGGAGCUUACAGGGGCUUGCACCACUAGAAGUGAACCUGCAGGGUCAUCAGAUGCAUCUUGUUGGUAUGCCUGAAAAGGUACAACCGAUCCUGCAAGGUACCGCGGUCGUUGGAACAGAGGCAGCAGGAACGAUGGUAUUGAACCUGCUGAACCAGGUGUCACAACAUGCAAGCUCCCCAAGUCUUGUGCCAGGAGUUAUGAAUCUACAGAACGUUCACACGCACCUUGCCAGUACGCCCGAAAAGGAACAAACUGGCGCAUCCCGCAAGAAAUCGUACGUAUACAUGGAGACCUCGAUGCGUACGACGACCGUGCCGCCGAAGGUGUACACGAAGGGUGUUCAGACGAGCAGGCUGAAGAAGGGCACAAAGGGCUGCCAAGCGGCGUGCCUUGCAAAAGCAAUGUGUAGCGUUGCUGUACAAGUGGAUCGCGACGAAGACGACGACGAAUCGGAGUAACAACAGUCCCCAAUCCGUCGCUGCUCACCGGCUCUGGUCCUAAGAGAGCGUCUGGACGUCGCUGCUCUAUGUGCCACUGCAUCUGAAGAAACUACGGUCUGAGACCAACAAGAUCCCGCCAACCAUCUGCCAAGAGCCCGCCAUCCCGUUCGGCUGAAUUCAAGACCCGUUGCCUCGACCAUUGAAAGCAGUACGAGAAGGCAAAACCUGCCUGAAGACCUGGCAACCAGGCGGGCAACCCGAGACGGAGGCAGUGAAGACCUGGGCUUCAAAUUAGGAAGAUUGACUGCCCCGCUAAUGCGCAAGAAGUGAUGCUGUGUAUGCUGUGAGCUGUGUUAGCUAAGUGACCUGUUGGAAGUCCCUCAACGGAUAUCAGGUUUUCCAACAGCUGCAAGCCCAGCUUUUCUCAGCUGCAUCCACUUAUGCAGCACCAUGUGGAUGUGCACAGCUUUAAAGUGACUUAUGAAAUUCAUAAAUUCAGUCCUGAAGCAGGAUUCCGCCAGGAUUCCACAGCCAAGAGGAAGUGCAGGACCGUCAGUUCACUCUGAAGAACUGCAGCUUGAAUUUGGGGCAUUGUAGUAAUCUUUGGUGAAAAUGGAAAAGCCAUUGCUCAGAAUGACCAAGAAGUGAUACAACAUGGCUAUUAAAGGAAAUCUUUUGAGCAGCA